AUGUCCUCAGUUGGUCUAAAUUGGCAUCAUGAAUCUACUGCAGAAAAUCUUGGCUCUGUUGAAGUCAAUGGCAAAACUCUCACUGACUUCAGUGGGGGAUCAGGAUUUAUUCCAGUUUGCCACCUGCACACCGAACCCCUACCCCUGCCCCUCCGAGCAGUCCCGAAAUGGAUCGGCGUCCUCUCAUCCUCGCUGGCCGCCCCGGUAGCCCCAAAGUCCCCGAGGCGACCCGGGCACUGAGCGGAUCCAGUUCUGAGGAAUAUAGAGGAGUACAGCCUUGUCAUCCCCACCAGCACCGAUUCAGAGGGCAGGUUCCUAUCCCACUUGGUGUCUGGACCGCCAAAAGCACGCUUCAGGAGAGCUGCAGAGGACUUGCAACAUGAAGCAGCAAAUGAGCAAAUAUUUUACAAUGUCACCGUUUUUGGAAGAGAGUUUCACUUCAGGUUGCGGCCAAACUCCAGGCUUGUGGCCCCUGGAGCAACAGUUGAAUGGCAGGAGGACUCUGAUGAGACUCACGUUGAACCUCUCUAUGGGAAUUGCCUCUAUGUUGGGGAUAUCACCGAUUUGCCAAAUGCUUCAGUUGCAAUCAGCAAUUGCGAUGGGCUGGCUGGCAUGAUUCGCACAGACAAGGACGAGUUCUUCAUUGAACCUCUGGAGAAGGGGGCCCAGGAGGAAGAGGAGGGAGGAGGCAGAACGCACGUGGUCUAUCGCAGAGCUGCUGCCAAGAAGCAGCUUCCUCUUGAGAACGCGGAUACCCUGUACAAAGCGGCUAACCUCACUAAUUUGGAUAGUCUCGACAGCGCGUUGAGCUUUAUUGAAGACCGGGUGCAUAGAUCGAGGCAGCGCUAUCGAAGGCAUGCGACGGAUGAUGAUUACAACAUUGAAGUCCUUCUGGGGGUUGAUGACUCAGUUGUUCAAUUCCAUGGGAAAGAACAUGUUCAGAAGUACCUGCUGACCCUGAUGAAUAUUGUUAAUGAAAUUUAUCAUGAUGAGUCCCUGGGUGCUCACAUUAAUGUUGUCUUGGUGAGGAUCAUCCUGCUGAGCUACGGCAAGUCUAUGAGUCUGAUAGAGAUCGGGAACCCUUCGCAAAGUCUGGAAAACGUGUGUCGCUGGGCCUACUUGCAACAGAAACCUGACACUGGGCAUGCAGAAUAUCACGACCAUGCUAUCUUUCUCACAAGGCAGGAUUUUGGUCCAUCUGGCAUGCAAGGCUACGCUCCAGUCACUGGAAUGUGUCACCCUGUUCGAAGCUGCACUCUCAACCAUGAAGAUGGUUUUUCAUCUGCAUUUGUGGUGGCUCACGAAACUGGACAUGUUUUAGGCAUGGAGCACGAUGGCCAAGGGAACAGAUGUGGGGACGAAGUCCGCCUGGGAAGCAUCAUGGCCCCCCUCGUGCAAGCCGCGUUUCAUCGCUUCCACUGGUCUCGUUGCAGCCAGCAAGAGCUGAAUCGAUAUCUCCAUUCCUAUGAUUGUCUGCGUGAUGAUCCCUUCGAACACGACUGGCCUUCCCUUCCACAGCUGCCAGGAAUUCACUACUCCAUGAAUGAGCAGUGUCGUUUUGAUUUUGGUUUGGGCUACAUGAUGUGCACAGCUUUCCGUACGUUUGAUCCCUGCAAGCAGCUGUGGUGUAGCCACCCCGAGAACCCCUAUUUCUGCAAAACAAAGAAAGGGCCUCCGCUGGACGGGACCAUGUGUGCACCAGGAAAGCAUUGCUUUAAAGGUCACUGCAUCUGGCUGACACCAGACAUCCUGAAGCAGGAUGGACACUGGGGGGCAUGGAGUAAGUUUGGCUCUUGUUCUCGCACCUGUGGCACCGGGGUGAAAUACAGGACACGGCAGUGUGACAAUCCCCAUCCGGCCAACGGAGGCCGCACGUGCGUGGGGCCGAGCUACGAGUUCCAGCUGUGCAACACUCAGGACUGUCCUAAGGACUUGGAAGAUUUCAGAGAGGAGCAGUGCCGGCAGUGGGAUCCUUACUUCGAGUACCAGAACACGAAACACCACUGGCUCCCCUAUGAACAUGUCGAUGCUAAGGAAAGGUGCCACCUGUAUUGCGAGUCAAAGGAAACAGGGGAUGUGGUGUACAUGAAACGGAUGGUACACGAUGGGACCCGCUGCUCCUACAAAGAUGCUUACAGCAUCUGUGUGCGGGGAGACUGCUUGAAAGUUGGGUGUGACAGGGUCAUUGGUUCCACGAAGCAGGAAGAUAAGUGUGGUGUUUGCGGAGGAGAUAAUUCCCACUGCAAAGUGGUGAAAGGAACAUUUUCAAGAGUACCAAAGAAACAAGGGCACAUUAAGAUGUUUGAAAUUCCUGUUGGCGCAAGACAUUUACUUAUACAGGAAACAGACGCCACCAGUCAUAAUCUUGCAAUUAAAAAUCGUGAAACGGGGAAAUUCAUUCUAAGCGAAGACAACUAUGUGCCAGACUCUAAAGUAUUUAUUGACAUGGGUGUGGAGUGGGAAUAUCGGAAUGACGAUGAUAGAGAAACCGUGCAGACCAUGGGGCCGCUGCGUAAUGGAAUAGUUAUUCUGGUGAUUCCUCACGGCGGUGCCAAGAUAUCUUUGACUUACAAGUACAUGAUCCAUGAAGAUUCCUUGAAUGUUGAUAACAAUAAUGUUUUGGAAGAGGACUCGGUGUCAUAUGAAUGGGCUUUGAAGAAAUGGUCCCAAUGUUCAAAACCUUGUGGAGGAGGCUACCAGUUCACAAAAUACGGCUGCCGGAGGAAGACAGACCACAAGAUGAUUCAUCGGAGUUACUGCGAGUUGAUCCAAAAGCCGAAGCCCAUUCGCAGGGUGUGCAACCUCCAGGAGUGCUCCCAGCCCAUAUGGGUCACAGGAGAAUGGGAGCCUUGCAGCAAAAGUUGUGGGAAGACAGGAUAUCAAGUGCGAUCUGUCCGAUGUAUCCAGCCCCUACACGAUAAUACAAAUCGGUCUGUUCAUACCAAGUACUGCAACAACGACCGUCCAGAAGGCAGGAGGCCCUGCAACCGGGAGCUUUGCCCAGCACAGUGGAGAAUAGGACCCUGGUCACAGUGCUCUGUCAGCUGUGGCAACGGCACGCAGGAUCGCCCGGUCCUGUGCCGGACCAGGGACAAUGCUAUUGGCCUUUGUAAGGAAAAUAAACCAGAGACUGUAAGGAUUUGCAGACUACCUCCGUGUCCAAGAAACGUUUCCGAUCCUUCGAAGAAAACCUACAUGAUACAAUGGCUGUCAAGACCUGAUCCAGACUACCCCAUCCAGAAAAUAUCUUCAAAAGAUCAUUGUCAAGGAGACAAGUCAAUGUUUUGUCGCAUGGAGGUUCUCUCUCGUUACUGCUCGAUUCCUGGUUACAAUAAGCUGUGUUGCAAGUCCUGUAAUAUGUACAGCAACAUAACAGAGGACGACAAUGUAACUGAUUCUAAUGUAAAUAAGAAUAAUGUCAUUGUGGAGGAGCUCCUGACGACCCGCAGCCCUCCCAUGGGAGUGUCCACCACACAGUCUGCCACCAGCCCUCCUCUUGUUGUUUCCAAAACACGUGCACCUCCUUCCAAUGCAACUGAGGAGCACCCAGAAAUCAACACGGUGGAUGUUCCCUAUAAAAUCGAUGGGCUGGAUAAUGAGGUAUCACAGCACAACAUCAUUACUCGGAGGAGGAUACCUUAUGAAAGGACAAGGAAUCAAAGAAUUCAGGAGCUGAUUGCUGAGAAAAGAAAAAAAGAGACUCUUAGGAAAAUAAACUAA